GGACCAUAUUAUCGCAUUUUACAGUACAUUGAAGUAUUUACGACAGUAGCGAUAGUACAUGGAUGGAAUAUUUAACGCGUAUAUUUUAACACACAUUCAAACCACCAACGACUUUCAACACAUAUACUACACACGGUAUGGUAAAAUUUUGGCCACCUUGAAAAUUGUAUAUAUAAACACUACAACCAUCUGCGCACUAUAUGCAUUACCUAUAUCAAACUAAUUAACUAAAUACUAGCUUAUAUUUUCAGUUCCCAUUAUUAAUUAGAUAUCUUUUCUGUGUUGAAUCAAUAAUGGUUUCAGUGAAGAAACCAUCAGAACCGACGGCACCACCAACCCAUGGUGGAGCACCGCCACCAGAAUAUGGGCAACCACCGUCUUCAGCCUACGGCCAACCACCACCACCACCGCCGCCAACUGGCGUACCUAUGCAUCCAUCGAUGCAAGUACAUGGCAACCUCCCUGGGCCUUGGUCCACUGGCCUUUGCGACUGCUUUUCUGAUGUUUCUAACUGUUGCAUAACAUGUUGGUGUCCCUGCAUUACAUUUGGACAGAUUGCUGAGAUUGUUGAUAGAGGAUCCACCUCUUGCGGAGCGAGUGGGGCAUUAUAUGCGCUGAUAUCGUACUUCACGGGAUGUGCGUGCAUAUACUCUUGCACCUACCGUUCGAAAAUGAGAAGCCAAUACAUGCUAGCGGAGGAUCCUUGUCCUGAUUUUCUUCUGCACCUUUGUUGCGAGUCCUGCGCUUUGUGCCAAGAGUAUCGUGAGCUCCAACAUCGUGGCUUUGACAUGAAUCUUGGUAAUCAAUCCUGCUUCAAUUUAUUGGCUAUUAUUUUACUUUAGGGUGCAAAUUUAGAUAGGAUGAUCUGUUUUAAUAGGAAAAUCGGAUGUCAUAGGAUGAUUGACACAUGGAUAAUUUA